AAGGGAGCUGACAGAGCAGGGCAGGUGAUACCGGCCAACGGACACAGAGGAAGAGGGACGCAGAGCUGACACUCACACAGCAAGCUAUUACUCAGCCUCUGAGCACACACCCUCCUACACACACAUACGCACACCUGUGGCUCCCGCAGAUUAUUCAGACCAGUGCAGAGGAGGACCUCAGCCUGGCCACAGGCGCAAUUAAAACCCCAAACUCUCUGCUGGGAUCUCAGAAGUCAGUUGACUUUGACUCCAGAAAAAUGCAUUUUUGAGCGCAAAGAGAGUGAACGGAGCCCGACCCAGAGAGAUAAAGAGAGGAUCAUCUGACAUCUUCCUCAGUGAACAGAAGUUGAGGACAGAGCAAAACAGGAAAGAAAAGAGUGGAGAGUUCUGGAGAGACUGGACACAGGAGAGGGAAGGCUCUUUUCUGAACAUGGAAGAGACUCCGCAGAUUUGGCACAUGCCGGUCGCCCCCCAAGACACGGCUGGAGAGUUGCAAAAGAAAGUGUCAGUCACAAGCGAGCCAGAGUGCUCCAUCUGCUUCAACACUUACGACAAUGUCUUCAAAACGCCCAAGCUGCUGGAGUGCACCCACACCUUCUGUCUGGAGUGCCUCUCCCGCCUCAUGGCAGUCUCGCUGGCUGACUCUGACGGCAACGGCAGCAGCACACGCCUCUCCUGCCCCUUCUGCCGUCACCCCACCACACUCCCAGAGGAGGGACCCCCAGCCUUGGCCACAAGCCGCGAGGUCCUGUGCAAGCUUCCCCACCAUCAGCAGCAGGAGGAGCCAGUGUGGCUUGAGGGGGAGAAGUUGUGCUACAAAAGCUCAACGUGCAAUGCUGGCUCAGGUGCCCCUGACAGUCCCUCAGCUUUCUGUAUCUGCAUUGACAUUGGAGCGAGCAAAACGGCUAGUGUGCCAAUCCAGACUCAGCCCCGGACUCACAGCCUGCUGGGCCGGCUGGCAGAUUGGAAGAGGAUGGUGCUCUUCCUUGUGCUCAUGGUGCUGCUUAUUGUCAUUGUGUUGUGGCCACUGCAGUGUGUAUUCAGCACUGGAAACAUGCGCUGUAUGCGUGAACACAUCCAGCCCAACCCCACUACCCCUACCCCUACUACUACUACUACUUUCAACCCAUUCACCAGAACACGUGGUCUGACAGAGUAAACUUACUGGACUAAACUAACUGGACUCCACUGUAACUGUAUAUAAUGUUAUAUAUGACUAAUAUUUUUAAUAUUUGACACUACAUUUUUGCUGCACAACUACACUUACAAUAAGUGCACUUGAUCAUUUCUACACACAACUACACACAACACCUCAGAACUGUAACCAACACAGACAGCACCAAUUAUCAGUAAGACAUUUGUGUUGAUGUCAUAUGCUAUCAAGAUCAUUUGAAUUAUUUUGAAUAUUUAAAUUAUAAUCGCAUAGAAAUUCAACACUUUAACUCUACAAAGCUGGAAUUUAACCUUCCCUGCAGUACACGUGACUAAACUGUUCAUAUAGGCUUGUAAAAGAUGAGACUCUGUUAUGUCUGCUGUCCCCAAAAAUCAUGUCCGGUGAAACCAAAACACUGAAGGGGAACCAAACCUUUGCACUAUAAUAAGUUUUGAUCUGACUGCUUAGAUGUAAUUUAACGUCUUUUUCGGACACUACUUGGUAGAACCUCGUCAUUUAAAACAGGCCAAAACAGUCAAGCUGAAAAUGCUGACAUUUAAACUUUGCUUUGCAAAUGUCUGGUUGGAUAAAGAACAACAAAUAGUCAAGUUUAUAGUAACUAAUAAACGGACUGUCACAUGAGAGAACGAAUGUAAUCACAAUGUGCCAACUGAAAACUUUUUAUACUGUACAAAUGCUUUGGGUGUUUUGAUACGUCCUUGUUUAAAGAAGUGUAAUAAAAAAAUGUGAGGUAUUAACUCAGAGCACGUUUCUGGGAAACAAAACCUUUGUGCAAAGCCUUAUUAUUAAGAUUGACAUCAUUUGACUGUGGGUUAUUAAUUUACUGCAGUAACAACUGGUGAUUUAAUCUAUCUGAACAAAUGCGGUAAAUUCCCCUCAAAUAAAGCACAGCUCCUCGUGUGCCUGAAUGUAAAUUAAAAAGUGUUAGUUUCAGUGUUAAGUUGUGAAACAAUGAGGCCAUUCUCUGAAACAGUUUUUCAUUUCCUCUGUACGUGAACCUUGAACCCUUGACUAUAAAAGCGAAGUCUUGACAGGAAGUCGUCUUUAUUUAUUCCUGGAUAAGGUGUGUCAGAUAGAGGAAAAGUUAGUCUGCGGGGUUUUCCGAGUAGCUCACUUGUGACGUGGUUGAUAAGGCGGUUACAUUAAAUCCUAACGUGUUUAGGAGUGCCCAUAAUAAAAGUGGAACUUCCUAGAGCUCAACUUGAACAUCUAGUAAACAUGGUUAACCAAUAAAUGCAGAGUGAAACCAAAAAAUGCUAAGCAAUGGCUUCAAUGUGACUUUCCUUAAAUAAAUAAAAGUGAAUAGGGAGAUAAUAAUAAAUAUCGUUUGUAAAAAAAAAAAAAAAAAAAAAAAAAAAAUUAAUAAAAGCUUCUUGUUAGUUGGCAUACUUUGAUCUAGGGUAUUUAAACAAAACCUUUUUUGUUUAAAUACGGAAGCAUGGAGGAAGCCGUCUAUGAUUUUUUUCAGUGUCUCGUUUUCUAUUU